CCACGAGCUCUGUAUUAGCCCCUGGAGGAGUCUUAGGGUGCAGCUUAUAUAUUCAGGGGUGAGACAGAAAAUAAUAGACACGGUAGCCGUGCUGCGGCUUGGCUGAAAGUCACUGUGUGAACAGAGAUCAAGUCCAGCCUCCCUGUCUGCAGUAAUAACCCACGUCAUGUGGUGGCAACGGAAGUCCUUGGUGUAGCUGGCUUUGUCUUCCUCCCGGAAACAUUACCCAGCUGAUAUUCCAUGGUACGCGACGUGGCCGCUACUGAGUCCUUGUUGUUUGUUCCUCCGUAUCACUGGGCUUCUGAAGGUGUCGGGUCCGGUGUGCGGGGUCCCACGCCGUCCACAGCAUCGGGCACGGCUAAUGGUUCCGGGGUCGCCUGUUUCCUAGGGGAAUGGAAAAUGUAUAGACACCAGGCCGGUCACCAAGAGCCACGUCUAAUGGGAGAGGCCGAAAGGGAGAAAAGCUGGAGCAAGGAGCCGAGUGACAGUAGUGACGAGGGGCUGCACAUGCCCGGAAACGCAGAAGUGCCAUACUAAUUGGGGGUCUGUCAAUCUUUUUAUGGCAACCAACCCAACAUGUUUAUCCAGUUCCUUAGAUGAGUUUGAUUGAACAUUGUAGAAACAAAGCAACUCAAAGCAUUUCCUUAUAACAUAUAGCAAGAUAAGGGAAGUGCGUUCAUGCAGCCGGUGCCCGACUCACCUGGUGUCUCAUUUGGCACAGUGUCUGGAAAUGGCCUUUCUGAUAAACUUGAACUGGCCGAUGCCAGUGUAGAAAUUAGCAGGAUGAAUGGAGAGGAUGUGAGAGGGAUGCAUUCAGAAACCUUGCCAAAGCUAAGAGGGAGCAUGGAGACAAACAUAUCUGAAGACAUAUGUCAGAACGGUCCUCAGCCUCCGUAUUCAGAUCAUCAGUCAGCCACAGACUCUGCCAUCGGCUCCUGUAGUACAGCAGCACCCCCAGGUGUGGCUGGUUUCAAUGACAUCAUAUCGGAGUCUAGUGCUGAGGGCCUAGUUCUUAGAAAGGAAGCUUUGCAGUCGCUGAAGCUAAGCCUUCAUAUGCAGGAAACUGAUCUGUCCUCCAGCGAUGCUCCUCUUCCACUUGAGCGAGAAGAGCAAAUACGUUUGCAAGCCAGGCGUCGCUUGGAGGAACAGCUAAAACAGUACAGAGUCAAGCGCCAACAGGAGAGGUCUAUCCAAUCAACUCCUAAAAAUCGUCCCUCAAGCACUUUGGAUCCUGAGCUUAUGUUUAAUCCAGAAAAUCUUCCGCGGGCUAGCACUGUUGCAAUGACUAAGGAGUAUUCCUUUUUGCGCACAAGUGUGCCACGAGGUCCCAAACUGGGAAGUCUUGGCCUCCCUUCGUCUUCCAAAGAGAAGAAGUCAUCCAAAUCUUCAAAGUCUUCCAGCAAGAUUCGUUCAUUGGCAGAUUACCGCAAAGACUCAGAAACAAAUAGUGCCAGUAUAGGUUAUUCAGAUUCUUCUCCUGGCUCCCUAAAGUCCAACAGGGGAAGUCUUACAUCUGUAGUGUCUGAGAUCAGUGUGGAAGGAGUACGACCCGAAAGUGUCAGUUACAUUGGUGACAACAGCUCUGAGUUUGAGUGCAGUGAUUUGAGCAUACGACAUGAUGGCAAUGAGAGUGACAGCUCCACUCAUAGCAGUGUAUCUGCUGGACAGGGCGUUUACUUGAGUGCUGUGUCUCCGAGGAGGCAUGAAGAAUACAUUGUAAAUGGUCAGAGCAUACCUGUAGAGGAUGUAGGACAGUUCCCGUCGCUCAGAGAUGUACUACAAGCAGCUGCCGCAGAGCAGCAGGCUCAAGAGCCUGAUGGAAAUGGGGAACCUAGAAGCCGGAGGGAUAGUAUAUCAAGCAGUAUUUCUAUGGAAAGCUCUAUUGCUGGCACCCAUGAUGAACUCCUUCAGGUUCUCAAGGAAAGGAUGCGACUAGAAGGUCAGCUGGAGUCUCUGACAGCAGAAGCCAGCCAGGCACUUAAAGAAAAGACUGAGCUUCAGGCUCAACUGGCAGCAGUAAGCACCAAAUUUCAAGCAGAGGUUGAGCACAGCUUGGCCAGCCAGCAGAAGCAAGAAUCUCUAGGUUUGGAAGUGGUCACCCUGAAAAAAUCAUGCACAGAUCUGGAGAGAGCAAUGGCAGAUCUUCAGAACAGCUUAGAAGCUAAAAGUAGCAGCUUGGUUUCAUUGGGCAAUGACUUGCAGCUUGCAGAAGAACAAUAUCAACGUCUGAUGAGCAAAGUAGAAGAGUUACAAAGGACAAUCAUUCAGAAAGAUAAUGUUGUUCAUGAUCUGCGACAACAGACUGUAUCUCUUCAAUACCAGCUGCAGCAGGUGCAACUGGACCGCACUACACUAACAAACAAACUUAAAGCUUCAAAGGCGGAAAUAACUUCUCUGCAGCAGACACGUGAGUGGUACCAGCAGCAACUCACACUGGCUCAAGAAGCACGGGUCCGACUCCAAAGUGAGAUGGCAAACAUACAGGCUGGGCAGAUGAGCCAGGCUGGUGUUCUAGAGCAUCUUAAAUUGGAGAAUGUGACCCUUUCACAUCAGCUGACUGAAACACAGCACAGGACGAUCAAAGAAAAGGAACGCAUUGCUACACAACUGCAAACUAUUGAGGCUGACAUGUUGGACCAAGAGACUGCAUUCCAUCAGAUACAAGAAGCAAAACACAUGGUGGAAGAAGAUCUCCAGAGGAAAUUAGAUGAGUUUGAGAUGGAGAGAGAGCAGCUCCAAAAACUCGCAGAUUCUGCUACUGCUUUGGAACAAGAAGUAGAGCAGUUGAAGCUGAAUUUGAACCAGAAAGACCUGCAACUUGAAGCCCUCCAGCAGGAACAUCUUGAGAUCUUGAGACAGCUUACUUCAACCCAAGAAACUCUUCACACCAAAGAUCAGUCACUAAAUGAUCUCCAAAUGAGAUAUGAUGAACUGGAAGCCAGGCUUGAGGAGCUACAAAAUGAUCUGUCUUCAAAAGAUGAUUCUAUACAGUAUCUUCAAAACCAAAAGAUUGUUCUAGAGGUUGCAUUACAGGCCGCUAAGAUGGAACAAAGUGACCUGGAUCAGGGAGCUAAAAAACUAGAAGAGGGAACUGAAGCUGUAGCAGAAAUCUUGGAAAAACUGCGGCAAGAUAUUGCUGUCAAAUCUGGACAGGUGGAAACCCUGCAGCAAGAGAACAUCAGUCUCAAAAAACAAAGCCAGAAAGUGAAGGAGCAGUUUGUCCAACAGAAAGUGAUGGUAGAAGCUUAUCGCAGGGAUGCUAGCUCCAAAGACCAACUCAUCAGUGAACUAAAAGCUACCAAGAAAAAGUUAGAUUCAGAGUUGAAAGAACUCAAAAGAGAGCUCCUGAAGACUCGGGGUGAGAAGUCGUCAGCAGAAGUGGAAAAAGCACGGGUUAUGAAGGAAAUGUCUAAGUUGCAGCAGCAGAUGGAAGAACUUGAAUCCCAUCUCCAAGCUGCACAAAAUGACAGAGAUGAAAUGGAAAGCCGUUUACAGUCCAUACAGUUUGAUAAAGAGCAGCUAAUAUCUCUGACCCAGGACAACGCUGCACUGAAAGAACAAAUAGAACUGUUGCAAAAUGAGGCUAAGAAAGCAAUUACAGAACAGAAGCAGAGAAUGAAGAGACUGGGCUCAGACUUGACGAGCGCUCAGAAAGAGAUGAAAGUCAAGCACAAAGCAUAUGAGAAUGCAGUUGGGAUCCUGAGCCGACGUCUUCAGGAAGCACUGACUGCAAAAGAAACAAUGGAAUCUGAGCUCAAUAAGCUCAAAGCACAAAUAUCAGAAGGAGGCGAUAGUCAAGCUUUUCAGGAAAAAAUAAAUGUUUUCAAAAGUGAAUUAAAAGCUGUAAACCAUAGUAAGGCCAUGCUGGAACGUGAACUACAAGAGGUCAUAUCACUCACCAGCCAGGAGCUUGAAGAAUAUAGAGAGAAAGUACUUGAGCUAGAAGAUGAGCUGCAGGAAUCGCGGGGCUUUAAAAGAAAAAUUAAGAAAUUGGAAGACCUCAACAAGAAACUGACACUAGAAUUAGAACAUGAACGAGGAAAGCUGGCUGGACUUGGACAAUCCAAUGCUGCUCUACGUGAACACAACAGUAUACUUGAGGCUGCUCUGGCAAAGAGGGAGGCCGAUUUGGUACAAUUGAACUUACAGGUUCAAGCAGUCCUUAAACGUAAAGAAGAAGAAGAUGGGCAAAUGAGAGAGCUAGUACAGAAUCUGCAAUACGCUUUGGAAAAAGAGAAGGCAAAGGUCACCAAUCUGGCAGAGCAGGUUGCUGCCACUAAGGCCGAAGCAGCGCACAACAGACGGCACUAUAGGGCUGCAGCACUGGAAUUAAGUGAGAUUAAGAAAGAACUUCAGUCAAAAGAACAGUUGAUUCAAGCACUUCAAUCCGAAGCUGAAAAACUGCAGUCUCAGGAUGAGAAGCAUUCUCAGGAGCUGUCACAGUUUCAGCAGGAAUUGGCUGAAGCACGGUCCCAGUUGGUACUUCUCCAGAAGGAACUAGAUGAUCAACUUGCUAAGAAGCCACACGGUAAUCAAGAGGUAGAAGAUUUAAAGUGGGAGGUGGAACAGAAGGAGCGUGAGAUUCAGUCCCUGAAGCAACAGCUGGACAUGACAGAGCAGCGCAACCAAAGAGAACUGGAAAAUGUUCAAACCUUGCUUCAGAAUCUCAAAGCUGAACUUGAGGUUGUACGAGAAGAUCUAACUAUGACUCAGAGUGACAAGUUGAUGCUGCAGAAAAAAGUGACUGAACUGAAAAGCAGCAUGAAGACCUUGCUACAACAGAACCAGCAGUUAAAACUGGAUCUUCGUCAAAGCCGGACUAAGAAGAGGAAAGAGUUUAAAGGAGACAUUACGUCGUCCAAUCCUGCGACUCCAGUUAAGAUACCUGACUGUCCUGUACCAGCUUCCUUACUAGAAGAGCUCCUGAAGCCUACAACGAUCAGCAGAGAGCCUCUGAAAAACCUGAACAGCUGUCUUCGCCAACUGAAGCAUGAAAUGGACAGUCUCCAAAGGCAGAUGGAAGAGCACACGAUCACUGUGCAUGAAUCUAUGACUUCAUGGACUGAGGGACAACUACAGGACUUUGCAUUACCUGACACACCUGUUGUGAGCAGCGCAAGGCUUCCACUACAGGAUCAGAACCUCCACACUAAUGACACCGAAGGAAAAGAGCAGGCUUUAUAGGCUGCUUUUUAUUUCUGGAAGGAAACCUUUCUAUCUGUAUUACAGACUGGCAGCAACAGCACAGCACUCUUUAUUUUUUUUUUCUAAUGCUAUGUCUAACAACAAGAACCAUCAUUGGACAUAUAGGGAUGUAUAUUGUGUAAGUCACACAUAGGUUAUGUGCCUUUUAUAACAAGAUUGAAAGAAUGGAUUGCAGUCUUAUUUCCAAGUUUGAAAAACACAGAAAAAAAUGAAAUAUUAUAAGAUGCAUAGGCAUUCUAAAAACAUGUGUAAGAAUAUCGAUGAGCAGGAUCUACCUACUCUAGUUGUACAUUUCACCAUCAAAAGUGUUCUUAUUUAUGGUCUGCCACAGGUACCUUACAUCCUCUAGCCCCCUCCCAUCAUUAAAAUCGGCUCUACAAUAUGUAGAAAAACUGUGUAGCACAAGGCUAAGUUCCCUAUGAAGGAGUGGUGACGUAAUACGUUCACAUUUCCACAUACAGUAAAUGUUUUAUCUGCUAAUUGGGGCUAUACACAUGACUGAAGGACAUGUUGCUGGUUCCUUGUGGAAGAAACAAAUCUGAGCUGUCUUGGUAAGAUGUUUGGGAAGUACUUACGCAUUGUGAAUAAGAAUUGUGUAAAUGUGUCAUUUGUUAAGAUGUUCAUGUAGCUGACAAGUGGUAGAAUAUGUGAUAGCCAUUGGUAACAUUGUCUUUUAAAAUGCUCCUUGAUUAAAUGAGGUUGACUGGUCUGGACAACCCCUGUUGUAGCUGAGGACCUGCUGAUGGUUUAGUAGCUGAAAAUCCUAUGAUCAGCCGUGGAUGAAGUUGGGGGAGACUGUACAUUUCUUCAACUGUGGCCACUACAAAGCAGCAUAUCUUCACUCUGGAAUGAUAGAGGAUGGUCCUGAACGAGGGACCCACCUCUAUGACAUCCAGACCUAAUAGGGCAGGCAUCCUCAAACUGCAGCCCUCCAGCUGUUGCAAAACUACAACUCCCAGCAUGCCCAAACAGCCUACAGGUAUCAGCCUACAGCAGGGCAUUGUGGGAGUUGUAGUUUUACAACAGCUGGAGGGUCGCAGUUUGAGAAUGCCUGUAAUAGGGCAUAGGGAAAGUAGUUGUCCUUUAACUGAUAUGCCUUUUCAUACUAAUCCUUGGGGAGAAGGUGUCAUAGACUGUAAGUAUUUGAGAGAACCACUAAUCAAUCAAUAUUACAUAUAUGUACAUGGUUUACUUUCACACCAUGUCUUUUGUUUUCCUUCUUUUAUGGCGUUGCUCUUUCUUGAUUCUGCAUGGUUUAUUUUAUUGUUCUCUGUGUUAGCUUCCCCGGAAAUGAUUUGUCUUCUACUUUCCACCAGGAUGAUCCAUGGAAAUGGCUCACAGUUUAGUGGUCAAAGUAUUUUGUUCUGAGUUUUACUUAUACCUUUUACCUCUCAGGUUAAAAAUUAUAACACCCCCCCCCCCCCUCUGCUCCCAAGGUGUACAAUAAUAGAAGAGUUCUUCUAUUCACUGUUCAUUUACAGUUGUUCUGUCAUGUACAGUAUUGUCUUCUGUUCUCCAAAUGCAGCAGAAUUUCUUUAGUCUGGCUCUAGACACUGCACCAGAGUUACUACUUAAAAU